UUGUUUUUUCUAGCUAGCUAUAGCUUCUUCUCUCUGAUCUCUCGUACCCAGCUACUACCCUCAAAUCCGAUCGUAUUCUAUUUAAAUAGCAGCUAUGCACUCUCCUCUCUCUCCCAUGCAUUACUCUACUCUACUCUACUGUUCAUCACUCUCACUCUCACUCCCCACUCUAUCUCUAUAUAUAGUUAUAUACACAUACUCUACUCUAUUCUACCCUAAUUAUUUUUGUCCCCAAUAAUACUUAUUAUAAUUCCCUGUUUUUUCUAGCUAGCUAGUUAGUUCAAUACAUCUUCCUUUUACCUUCUCUUAAUUACCUAGCUCAUUCAUUCCCUACAUACACCUAUUAAGUAAUAUAUAAUUAUUUAUAGAAGAGGUUAUUUAAUUAACUUAAUUUAUAUAGAUACGUAUUGUAUUGUUUGAAUUUAUUUGGUUGGUUUGAAGUAAUUAGAAAAUAAGAAAAGAAUAAUGUCUAGCAGAAGGUCAAGGCAGCCAAGUGGUUCAAGCAAUAUCAGUGACGAUCAGAUAAAGGAUCUUGUCUCCAAGUUACAGCAGCUUCUUCCUGAGAUUCGCCAUACACGCACUGACAAGGUGUCAUCUGCGAAGGUGUUGCAAGAAACAUGCAACUAUAUAAGAAGCUUACACAGAGAAGUUGAUGAUCUUAGCGAGCGUUUGUCGGAGUUGUUGGCAACAACUGACACCGCCCAAGCGGCAUUGAUUAGAAAUUUACUUCUCCAGUAGUAGAUCCUUAAUUAUUAUUAUAAUUAAUAAUUAUUAUCCAUAGUCUUUUCAUCAAUUUUCUUUUUUAUUUUUGUAAUUCUCUUCUCAGUACUAGAUUUUACUUUUGUUAGUUAUAUAUUUUUCUGGACAUUUACUCGAACCCUUUUUAGUAGGUCAAGAGUAUUGUACUUUUUAAUGCAUGGUUA